AUCGCCAGGAACCAAAACAGUGGAGUGGCAACACGCUGCUGCUGCUGCUGUUGCUCUCACCCAUAUUUAUCAUAUUCUGUAAUAUAUGCUUUAUUCUCGUCCACAUUUACGAUGACGGACUAUAAGGAGGAGCAGAAUAACGAAGUGGAAGCUCUAGAAUCUAUAUAUCCAGAGGAAUUUGAGAUUUUAGAUGUAGAACCAAGACACAAAUUCAGAAUCAGUGUGAAAUCAGAGGGUUCUGAUUCUUUGGACGAUAUUAAAGCAGAGCCGGCAGAAAUUGCCCUCAUUUUUGAAUAUACAACCAAAUAUCCAGAUGAGCCACCAAUUAUGGAGAUUAUUCCUGUAGAAAAUGUAGAUGAAGAAGAAUUGGAAGAUUUGCGGGAACAGUUACAGGCUCAAUGUGAAGAAAACCUAGGUAUGGUGAUGGUGUUCACAUUAGUUUCAUAUUCUGUGGAGUGGCUAAAUACACAUAUGGAAGAAUUGGCACAGAGAGCAAAAGAGGAAUUUGAACGUAAGAAAAGGGAACAAGAGGAAGCAGAACGGAAAAAGUUCGAAGGCACAAGAGUGACAGUGGAAACAUUUUUAGCAUGGAAGGCAAGAUUUGAUUUUGAGAUUGCUACACUGCGAUCAGAAAGAGAAAAGGAGGACGAAAAAAAUAAGAAAUUAACAGGACGUGAAUUAUUCCAAACGGACCAGACUCUAAACGAAUCUGACCUGAGCUUCUUGGGUGAUGGUGAAGGAGAAGUUACAGUAGAUGAAAGCCUAUUCCAAGACCUAGAAGACCUUGAUCUUGAUGAUGAGGAUGAUGAUGAUUAUGUGCCUGGCAUGGAUGAAGAUAUCUCUGACUAGGAGUUUUUUAAUUAAACGACAGAACAGACAAGGUUCAUCAUUACUUGUAAAUCCAUCAAAUCAUUGCUUUGUCACUCAUUUCAUUCUUAGAAAAAAUACUACAAUAAUAGGUAUGGCAAUAACAUGCAAUUUUUUUGACAGGUGUGCAAAAUAUGCUUUAAACAAAUUACGAGGUAUUGGAAGGACUUUCGUACUGGCUGUAUUGGUGGAAUAUUGCUGGUUCUUUGAAAAAAAAAAAGUAAAAAUUAUAAUAAUUAGUGAUUAUUUAAAAAUCUUAAUCUUUCUUUUAUAUUAUAAAAAUAUGGCCAUAACUAAAAUUUACAAGAACAAAAAAGUUCAGGUGAAAGUUUUAUAACUUUCACAAAAAUAAGUCCAGCUACCCUUACACAAUUUUUGAAUAUGUAAGAGGUUUCAUCCUUCCACUAUUGGUACUAACUUGCAUAAUUAUCAAAGAAUAAGAAUUAUUUAUACAAGAAUGUUUUAGAAUUUGUCAGUUACUGACCAGUAAUACUGCUGACAGUUUUUAUUCAAAUAAAAUUAUAUUGAUAUGA